AUGAAGGGUAGAGUGAAAAUUACCAACUCUAAUCGAUCACAGAGUCGGACGAGCAAAAGCAGCUGCCCACCAACGCUCGAUUGGAACCGGAAUCGAAACGGUUGUCUGGCAGUGUUAUUUUGUGUAAUUUGCUUUUCCAUCCUGAUGUGUCUCGUACUGGCCGACAUCUUUACUAAAGCGGAUGAAAAGGAUUCGACUAAGCCCUCAAUAUCCCCAACAUCAAAACCUGGGAAAGUGUUUCCUCUUUUGGUAGUGAAGGCUGUCGAAGAUGCUGCAAAGUGUAAAAUGAUAGAAUGUAUUAUCGAGUGUUCCGAUGUGGAUGUAGUAAAUAUAUCCGUGGAAGUACAAGAACUAGCCCAGGCCAACUCUUGUCCUUCCUUUGGUUUAAACGUACUGGCCCUGAAGACGUCCGAUGAUGUCCUGAGAAGAAAUUGGUUACAGCUGGAUGUGGACCUUGAGGUUACUUCUUUAAUGUUGAUUAACUCCAAUAUUGGCACGAUAGAGCCGGAAUCGUUCGAUGUCGGUUCGAUGUUUGGCAUGACCGUGCUCACACUACAAUCGCUCAAGCUUGAUCAUCUACCAACCGGAAUUUUUUUGGGCCUGCAAAGCUUGAAGGAGCUUAACUUGCUAAAUCUACCACUACGCCGAAUCGAUCCGUACGUACUGAGCCCAAUGAAGUACUCGCUGACGCGCCUAAUCAUCGAAAGCAGCCUGGAUUCGAUUAGUCCCAAAAAUUUGACCGGAUCCGCAACGCUGCCACGGCUGGAGAUCCUAUCAUUGGAGUACAACCUUUUCGAUGACACGCUCCGGGCGGGUACUUUCGCUAAUCUGCCUUCACUGACGAGCCUGUACCUGCGCAGUUCACACAUAACGUGGCUCGAUUUGGGAGUUUUUCAUGACAUAUGCAGCACGGUGAAGCAGAUCCAUCUGAUUGGCAAUAAGCUUACCGUUAUCGAACCGGGAACGUUUGAUUGUUUGCAGGGUACCGAGGCGAAGAUAUAUCUGAAAGAUAAUCCCUGGGUUUGUGACUGUUCACUGCGGUAUCUGCAAGAAUUGCUGCUCACCUCCAACCUUGUGCUGGAUCAACCCGUGUGUGAAGAUCCGACGGAGCUUAGGGGUAUGCUUGUUCGAAACGUUGAUCUCUGUCCAACGCCGAAUACGUCUAUUGUGCCAUCUGGUGAAAUAACGACCACCUUAGAGUCUUCGAGUACAUUCAAUCCAACUGAACCACCGAAUACAUCGAUGGAAACAACUGAUACCAGCAUGACUACGACUACACAGUCCACCUCAAUAGAGGAUACAACGGAGAUGGGAACAAGUGGCACAGACGAUGUCACCUCUUCAGCCUAUGAUACUACAACGGAGCUACAAACUUCCGACGAUGAUUCCACAGCAACAGACACUACUGACUAUACUUGGGACACAUCAUCGACAUCGUUUUCAACUACAGACUCAACGACUGAUACCAGUGUCGAAACAACAGCAGAAUUUACCACUACAGAGUUCACCACACCGGAGACAACUUCGGGCACUACGACAACGGUUACGGAUCCAACAACUACUCCAUCUUCAACGGAUACUACCACCGAAUUAACAACAAUAAGCACCACAGAAGAAAGUACUUCAUCGGAAAGCACUUGGAGUAGUACGGAUGAUGUAACCACCGCCACAUCCGACACUACCAGUACGUCGACGACAACCGUCUCGAUUCCAACAAUACAUCCCAAUUUCGUACAACUCCAGUGCGAGAGCACUGCCAAUCCAAUAUCUGCGGACAUCAUCGCCGAAAAGCCGGCAAAACAUCGCCCGGUGCGAUCAAUCGAUGGUAGCACUAUUGGUCUAACUGUGGCUACCCGUACGAAGCUGUUCACCGUCUCCGAGGCACAGGAAGGUGUCGUGGAACUGUUGUUUGAUAAAACGACGUACGGUGCGGUGCUCUGGUUUCACGAUACCUCCACACUGGCGUCCGUGUUUUCCACCAAUGUCGAAAGCAGUGCCCACUGUCAGACGCUCAGCAGUCAGAAGCUGCGCAUCGUCAACCUGGUACCGGACAAGAACUACAUCUUCUGUGCGUUCAGCCUGCACGAGGUGAUGGUUUCACCAUUCAACUGUUUGCCUUACCGAUUGCUGCCACUGUACGGGCAGCGUGCAUGGCUGGUAGAGGAUCAGAAGAUCAUGAUGAUAAGCAUCAUAAUCUCGUCGAUAUUGGUGGCCCUACUAACAGGCGUGCUGGUGACGUACUGUUUCUUCAAAAGUAUGUCCCUGUACCAAUCGAACCAUUCCAAAACCUCGGUACUGCCGGUCGAGAAUAACACCGUGAAAAACACGUACAUGUCGCCGAUGCCACCGAAGAAGCCAUUAACGCCAGAAAGACCAAACAUCAAGCGAAGCGUGUCAGAUACCAGCAUCGAGAGUGGUCGCAGCUACGUAUCCGCCGUUGUGCCCUCGAACCAGUUCCAGUACAUAUCCUGGAAGAUGGAGAACCGCUCGCGACCAUCCUUGGAAUUCUACCCGAACGAGCCACCACCGCCACCGCUUCCGCCCCAUCCCAGCAAACGUUUGAAGAAGCAAAAGUCUGAGAUCAAAAUAAACUUUCCCUUGCAGCAGCAGCAGCAGCAAGGUAUCUACGACGAACCGGCUGGGACGAGCUACAUGGGACGAACCGCCGGUACGCUGCAUCAGUCGCUCCGCAGCAAUCGACACCGGGCGUCCUACGGAGGAGCGAUCCACUGA